AUGGGAUUUGCAGAGCUCUUAGAACAAGUUGGUAGCCUGGGGCGCUUCCAGAUCAUCCACGUGACCCUGCUGACCAUCCCCGUCUUCAUGAUGGCCAGUCACAUGAUACUGCAGAACUUUACCGCAGCCACCCCGGAUCACCACUGCUUGGUCCACCACCACGGUGCCACGUCUGGGAAUCAAAGCCUGGGAGAGGAGGAUCUCCUCAAGGUCUCCAUCCCCGUGGAUGAGAAGAGGCAGCCCAACCAAUGCCACCGCUUUGUCCACCACCAGUGGUGGCUCUUGAACUCCACCAUCGUGAACAGGACUGAGAUGGAGACGGAGCCGUGCAAGGAUGGGUGGGUGUAUGACAGGAGGGUCUUCCCUAACACCAUCGUCACUGAGUGGGACCUAGUAUGUUCUUCGCGAGCUCUGAAGCAGAUGGCUCAGUCCCUCUACAUGGCUGGCGUGCUAGUGGGAGGUAUCAUCUUCGGAGGCCUCUCAGACAGGUUCGGACGACGGUUGGUUCUCAUCUGGUGCUACUUGCAGCUGGCCGUCACGGGGACUGCCACCGCCUUCUCCCCCAGCUUCAGUGCCUACUGCAGUCUCCGCUUCCUGACGGGAAUGGCCUUCUCAGGCAUAGUCCUCAACUGCGUCUCCCUCUUUGUGGAAUGGACGCCCAUGAGGACACGAGCGGUGCUGGGGACUUUGACUGGCUUGUCCUACACCACCGGGCAAAUUGUCCUGGCGGGCAUGGCCUACUUCAUCCCGGACUGGCGCUGGCUGCAGCUCACCGUCUCCCUGCCUUAUUUCCUCUUCUUUCUCUACUCCUGGUGGUUUGCCGAAUCAGCCCGCUGGCUGGUGAUAGCCGGGAAGCCAGAUCUGGCUGUCAAGGAGCUGAAGAGGGUGGCCCGGAUCAAUGGAAAGCACAACGCCGGCGACAAACUAAACACUGAGGUGAAAUUAUCCAACAUGAAGGAAGAAAUGGCCUCCACAAAACGCAGCUGUUCACUUGUCGACUUCGUGCGGACGCCCACCAUGCGAAGGAUCUCUUUCUCCCUGUGCCUUGUGUGGUUCUCCACCAGUUUCGCCUAUUACGGGCUGGUCAUGGACCUCCAGACCUUUGGCCUCAACAUCUACUUGAUCCAGGUCGUUUUUGGAGCCGUCGACUUCCCAGCCAAGUUCAUUUCCGCCCUCACAAUCAAUUAUGUUGGGCGUCGGGUCACCCAAGCUGCCACGCUCAUCCUUGCAGGACUGACCAUCCUGGCUAACAUCUUCAUUCCUCAAGAUAUGCGCAACACGCGGACCGCCUUUGCCGUCUUCGGGAAGGGCUGUUUGGCUGCCUCAUUCAACUGCAUCUACUUAUACACUGGAGAACUUUACCCAACAGUGCUCCGGCAGACCGGCAUGGGUCUAACUAACACCAUGGCUCGCUUGGGUGGUAUGGUAGCCCCUGUGGCAAAGAUGUCCAGUGAGUACGUCCCAUUCCUGCCACACAUAAUCUACGGUGUUGCCCCCAUUGUAUCUGGGAUAGCUGCCCUCUUCCUGCCAGAAACCCGCAACGUCCCACUGCCGGAAACAAUAGGACAAGUUGAGAACAGGUGA